GUUGACUCGUUCGAACAUCGAACAUCACAACAGUGCGAGUGAACGCCUCCCUCUCGUAAGCUGCGUGUCUGUGGGCUGAUUCUCAAAACAAAAGCAGACGCAAAGCCCGUGGAAUUAAUCCAACACAAAUGCAAAGCAACAUUCAUCUCUUGCGCGUUCAAAUGAAGCUGUACGCCCGGCCACGCGCACGUUUUUGUUCGGGUGCGAGUGUUUUCAGUGGGUAUGAGGUGGCAUAGCGGAUACGGGGUCUUUGUAAAUGAAUAAGAGAUGAACGCGGCUGGAUCCAGACUGGCACACCGCGCGCACGGACGCAGACCAACACUGCGCAGUAAAUAUCAGCUGGGCUGGGUUCGGGUUGGUUCGGUUGGGUCGUGGUUCCGUUGAGACGGAAGGUUUAGGUAGAAGAGGAGGAAGGAGCGCGCCUGACCCGAACAGAGGCCCUCAGCUGCGCACAUCAGCUGUUCCUAGCGUCCCUGUGUGUUAAUUUGAGCUUUCUCAAUUCAUCAUCACCUUUAUUUGACGGUAUCAAUCGUCCUCCAUUUGCGGCUGCUGGUAUAUGUCCCAUUAACCAAACCCCAGCGUGGAAUCAAACCAUCUCCUGGACCUGAAGGCAAAGCGGAGAUCAGGUUCCUUACAUCACAAAUCCAGUUCUUAUUCCCCUCUUUGGGUACUACAAAUGGACAGGAAAAAUCCACCCUGCAUUAAACAAUGCCCAUAAUGCCCAUAGCAGAUGAUAUGGACAGAAACUGUUAUGAUACUGAUAAAUAUGUUAUAUUCAGUUCAUUUUUGUUUCUUAGUGCUUUAAACCCUCUGAGACUCUAAAUAUGGACCUUUGAGAGGUAUCCGGCAGCCUUUCUUUUUCUUUUCUGGUUUGGAUGCUUAUUUGAUACCUCAACGGCAUAAACUCAAGCCUGUUGGGUAUUUUAGAAGUGGGUUAUGUAAUCGUCUUUUUAGAUGCCAAACCCCAGAGAACUCGGAGAAGGAGAAAACCUCAUCAGCUAGUGCUGUGAGUGGGUUUGUUGGACCGUUUGGGCCUAAACCCAAACCUCAACUUUUUUUUAAGGCCAUUUGGCACCCAGGAACGAUCUCCACCAUUCCUUGAAGACUUUGAAUAUGGACUUUUGAAAGAUCUGACUGGCAUUAGAUGCUCUUUCGGUUGAGUUCUGAAGGCCCAGCAAACUCGUAAUCUUCUGGAUUGGAUGUGUUUAAGAUAUCUUGAGGUUGCAAACCCAAGAUUGUUAUGAAUUUUGGAAGUCAAAUUCAUAUACUUAUCAUUUUAGAUGCCACUGCCGCUUACAAAGAACUUAAGGAGAAAACUUCCACUGACUAGGGCCUAUUGGUUCUUACUGGGCAUGAACCCAUAUCUAACCUUGUUUUAAGGCCAUUUACCACCCAGGAACGAUCUCUGUAUGACUUCCACCAUUCCUCAAAGACUUUGAAAAUGAACUCUUGAGAGAUCUGACUCGCAUUAGUUGCUCUUUGAGUUUUGGAGGCUCAGCAAACCCUCAAUCUUCUGGAUUAGAUGUGCUUAAUAUACCUUGAGGUCAUAAAUUCAAGAUUGUUAUAAAUUUCUGAAGUCAAAUUUAUAUAUUAAUCAUAUUAGAUGCCGCCUCCAUUUCCAGAGAACUUAAGGAAGGGGAAAACUUCCGCCAACUAGGGCUUCUUGAGCCCAAACCCAAUCCCAACCCCUUCCCCCCCUUUUUGGCCAUUUGGCUCCUAUUUCUUACCUCCAUCUCAUCCCGACCUCCACCAUUCGCCCCUCGCUGGCCACGGCAGUCCUCCCUCCCCGUUCCCGCCCCCACCCUCCCACUUCUCAUCACCCAACCCCUUCCCCACACCACACUUCCCACCCCUCCACCCAAGUCACCAUGGCAACCGGCACAACCACCACCGCCCGUGAACAUCUCCUAGUGGUGCGGAGGCGCACCCCGCACAUGCGCUACACGUUGAGCCCGGAAAACCUCCGCAGCCUUUCGUCACAGGGUGGUUCUGGGAAUGUGGGGAGCUCUAGAGGAGGAGCUCCUGAACCGAUGGGCCUGCAGCGGGCCAACAGUGACACCGACCUGGUGACGUCGGAUAGCCGUUCCUCCUUAACAGCCUCUACAUACCAGUUCACACUCGGGCGAGGGCAAAACCUGGUCAUCUCUUGGGACAUCAAGGAGGAGGUGGAUGCCACUGACUGGAUUGGGCUGUACCAUAUCGAUGAGACGUGUCCCGCUAACGUUUGGGAUUCGAAGAACCGCGGGGUGAACGGCACUCAGAGGGGGCAGAUCGUCUGGAGGCUUGAGGCCGGACCGUACUUCAUGGAGCCUGAGACCAAAAUCUGUUUCAAAUAUUACCAUGGAGUGAGUGGAGCGCUGAGGGCCACAACCCCCUGCAUCACUGUCAGCAACCCUGGAGUCACAGUCGGGACAGAAGGACAGGUGGAUGGACAGUCUGUCACUGAACACUGCAGGAAAUUGGUCAGCUUUACUCUAUCAGAUAUCAGGGCCCAGGGUCUGAAGAAGGGCAUGUUUUUUAAUCCAGACCCCUAUCUGAAGAUGAGUAUCCAACCAGGCAAGAGGCACGGCUUCCCUACGUUCACCCACCACGGCCAGGAGAGACGAACCUCCAUCAUAUCUAACACCACUAACCCUGUGUGGCACGGAGAGAAGUACACUUUUGUUGCACUGAUGACAGACGUUUUGGAAAUUGAGGUCAAGGACAAAUUUGCAAAAAGUCGCCCGAUCAUCAAACGCUUUUUAGGUCAGCUGACAAUGCCGGUGCAGAGACUGCUGGAGAGACAUACAGCGGGUGAUCAACAUGUGAGCUUCACGCUUUGCCGUCGUCUACCGACAGAACAUGUGAGCGGACAACUUUACUUCAGGGUGGAGAUCACCUCCAACGGACAUGAAGAUGCAAUGGGGUCUCUGCUGGGAGCCUCCUCUAUGAACGGAGACCCUGGGAGCCCAUCAGACGACGAGGAUGUUUUACAUCCUUCCUCCCGCAUGGCUAGGGGCCCCUCACCCACUGGCUCCGAAGGGUCCCUGCACGGUGACGCUUUUAGGACUGAGGAGUGCAUGAUGGAUCCUGAUGAGGAUCGACUCUUGAGAGACGGGCCACCAGAUUUGGCCGAAGGAACCCCGGGCCAUACUCAUCGCCAGGCCUCACUUAACGACUACCUGGAUGCCAUUGAGGCCCCUAAGGGCCCCGGAGACAGACCGCUAGGGGCCGCCUCACCUAAACUACGCUCAAGUUUCCCCACUGACACACGGCUCAAUGCUAUGCUACAUAUAGACUCUGAUGAAGACGAGGAAGGACACGUCUCCCGGGAUUCGGCAUUGACUAAUGGCACUACACGGCCUGAUGGACACACCUCCUCUGAACAGGACAAACGGGAGGGUCCUGUGAAAGCGAGGGAAAGGCUUGAGUCGGAAGCUGCGAGCAGCACCACAGAUACUGAAGUCACGCCAUCAGGGUCAAGCAGUGGCUCCACAAAGAGCCAAAAUGGAGGCGCUGAGGGAGGCCAAGAAGGAGCUGCUGCCUCUGGAGACUCAACACAAAACAUCAGAAGCUCUCAUAAGCCCGUUUUCAAAAUACAGGAUGAGGAAGGAGUUGCAUCCAAGGCGGUCACUAGGGAUGAAGGAUCAACAGAGGCUGCUGCAGUCACAGAGCCCUCAGCAUCUGGCAGUAAUGCAGCUGGUGAAGGAGGCGGAGCCACAGCAGCUAAGCAGCCAGAGCAGGGGAACUCCAGUGAGGCAGCCAAUGAGGAGGAAGAAGAUGCUGAAAUCUGGCAGAGGAGGCGGAGUCUGCAAGCAUCAGGAAACGCAUCACAGGCUGAAGCGAUGGAAUUAACCAAUGAAGCGAGAGGGGCAGCUGACGCAGCACAGGCUGCCACGCUAACAGAUGGAGAGACAGGAGCCUGUGCUCAAGUGAACGGCCAUCAGCCAGUGCGUUCUCUUCCCUCAGUGCGUCAUGACAUCACCCGCUAUCAGAGAGUGGACGAGCCUCUUCCGCCAAACUGGGAAGCUCGUAUUGACAGCCACGGCAGGAUUUUCUAUGUGGAUCAUGUGAACAGAACCACCACCUGGCAGCGGCCUACUGCUCCGGCUGCACCUCAGAUCCUACAGAGAUCCAACUCCAUUCAACAGAUGGAGCAGCUUAACCGAAGGUAUCAGAGUAUUCGGAGGACAAUAACCAAUGAGAGGACAGACGAACAGGCUGCAGAGAUGCCUACAGACGACACUGACCUGCUGCAUCACUCCAUACCUGAGUACCGUCGGGACGGUGUGGUUGGGCCCACUAGCUCUCGCUCCCGGUUGUCUCUGCUGCUUCAGUCCCCCAGCGCCAAGUUUCUCACCAGCCCAGAUUUCUUCACCGUACUGCAUUCCAACCCUAGUGCCUACCGCAUGUUUACAAGUAACACAUGUCUAAAACACAUGAUCAGUAAAGUGCGACGGGACGCGCACCACUUCGAGCGCUACCAGCACAAUCGAGACCUGGUUGCCUUCCUCAACAUGUUCGCCAACAAACAGCUGGAUCUUCCGCGAGGCUGGGAAAUGAAACACGACCACACGGGAAAGCCUUUCUUCGUGGACCAUAACUGCAGGGCCACCACCUUCAUAGACCCACGGCUGCCGCUUCAGAGCGCUCGACCCAGCAGCCUCCUCGCCCACCGCCAGCACCUCAGCCGUCAGCGCAGCCACAGCGCAGGGGAGGUGGGCGAUGACCCUCGGCAUGCCGGACCCGCUGUACUGCCACGCCCCUCGAACACCUUCACAGCCAAUCGCAACCAGUGUCAGGAUUUAGUUCCUGUUGCCUAUAAUGAUAAAAUAGUGGCAUUUUUGCGGCAGCCGAACAUAUUUGAGAUCCUUCAGGAGAGGCAGCCUGAGCUCAUUAGGAAUCACUCACUCAGGGAGAAGGUGCAGUUUAUUCGUAAUGAAGGAGCUUCGGGUUUAGCUCGCCUCUCCAGCGAUGCAGACUUGGUGAUUUUACUCAGCCUGUUUGAAGAGGAAGUGAUGUCGUAUGUGCCACCUCAUGCCUUACUGCACCCCAGCUACUGUCAAUCACCACGAGGGUCUCCGGUCUCCUCCCCUCAGAACUCCCCUGGUACACAACGAGCCAACGCUCGGGCCCCUGCGCCGUACAAGCGGGACUUUGAAGCCAAACUUCGGAAUUUCUAUCGCAAACUGGAGACGAAAGGCUACGGACAGGGUCCAGGCAAAGUCAAGUUGAUAAUCCGCAGAGAUCAUCUGCUGGAGGACGCCUUCAAUCAGAUCAUGUGCUAUUCUCGCAAAGAUCUACAGAGAAGUAAACUCUACGUCAGCUUUGUUGGAGAAGAGGGACUGGACUACAGUGGCCCAUCAAGAGAGUUUUUCUUUCUGGUGUCACGGGAGCUUUUUAACCCUUACUAUGGCCUGUUUGAGUAUUCGGCCAAUGACACCUACACCGUCCAGAUCAGCCCCAUGUCUGCCUUCGUCGACAACCAUCAUGAGUGGUUUCGGUUUAGUGGCCGUAUUCUGGGUCUCGCUCUUAUCCAUCAGUACCUGCUGGAUGCCUUCUUCACACGACCCUUCUACAAAGGCCUACUGCGAAUUCCAUGUGAUCUGAGUGAUCUGGAGUAUCUUGAUGAGGAGUUUCAUCAGAGUCUCCAGUGGAUGAAGGACAAUGACAUAGAGGACAUGCUGGACCUGACCUUCACCGUCAACGAGGAGGUGUUCGGACAGAUCACAGAGCGUGAGCUGAAGCCUGGCGGUGCCAAUAUCCCUGUGUCAGAGAAGAAUAAGAAGGAGUACAUCGAGCGAAUGGUGAAGUGGCGUAUAGAGCGGGGUGUCGUCCAACAGACGGAGAGUCUUGUGCGAGGAUUUUAUGAGGUUGUAGAUGCGCGGCUGGUGUCAGUGUUUGACGCGCGAGAGCUGGAGCUGGUGAUCGCCGGAACGGCAGAGAUUGAUCUGGGAGAUUGGAGGAACAACACCGAGUACAGAGGAGGUUACCAUGACAACCACAUCGUGAUUCGCUGGUUCUGGGCGGCAGUGGAGCGAUUCAACAAUGAGCAGAGACUCAGAUUGCUCCAGUUUGUGACCGGGACGUCCAGUAUCCCGUACGAAGGCUUCGCCGCCCUCAGGGGCAGCAACGGACCGCGACGCUUCUGUGUAGAGAAAUGGGGGAAAAUCUCGUCUCUGCCCAGGGCUCACACAUGUUUCAACCGUCUGGACCUCCCCCCGUAUCCCUCCUUCUCCAUGCUGUACGAGAAGAUGCUGACGGCAGUGGAGGAGACCAGCACUUUCGGUUUGGAGUGAAUGUUGACCUUUGCACUUUGAGCUGAACAAAUACAUUUCCUCAACACGUCUAGAAGAGCAAAGGAAGUAACAGACACCAGAAGCACUAUAUUUUGUACACCGUAUCACUUAAAAAUACUUCCUCAGAAACGCGCAGAACAGAAAACAAUCAACCACACAACUGAUAGAAGUGUGGAUGUUCUCUAAAUGUUUCCCAGAUGCAAACGUGAUUUUCUUUGUUCCGUCUGUAUGGCGUCACAGCAAAAAGUAAUCGGCUCUGGAUGCAUCGAGGAGGAUGUGACCAGCCAAAUGCAAAGCUGAGUUACUUAAAUGAGGAGCAAAACAAACCCAAAGGACUUUGAUAUUCUCACUCUUUUUAUCUGUAAAAAAAAAAAAAAAAAAAAAAAGACUUUUUUACGGAGCAUCAAAAUACAGCGUGAAUGAACAAAUAUAGUGUUGUGAGCUUUUUCAGACGUCUCAGAUCGCCUCAAGCAAGACACAUGACAGCGCUGCCCUGUAUAUUGAAUUGAAAUGUGUGUUCUCUCUUCUUUUUAUCAUAUUUAUACACGAGUCCAUGUCACAUGUUUGUUUUGAAAGCGUAUUCUGUCCAGCUGUCGUGUCAGAUUUGUGACACUUUUGAAUGAUUUUGGUUGUGCAUGUGCUCUCACACGUGACGUUUUCAAAGGGCAUGUUACACUGACGCACUACAACAUCAUGAAUGUGACCACUAAAUGAUAGAAAAAUGAUGAUUUUAUGACCUUCUGACCUUUCCGUUGUCCUCAGAUGACAGUUUUAUUUCUGAUGACAUUUUGAAAGAGAGAAUGGUCACAUAUACCCACUCAACAAGUCAACAUGAAAUUAAAACUGACCCAAACCAUUUCAAAAUGGCUUAUUUCAUGAUGACUUUAUUAUUAUUUCCAUAUCCUCAUAUAGCUUUAGUUUACAUGAAUGUUUGCUGAUGUCAACACAGCUUUCUUGAAUGUUUUCCCCCCUUUUCCUUUUCAUUUUUGUACUCUACUCUCGAGUCUGACCGUGUUUUCUUGUAUGAUUUGAAACUGGAAUAUCAAGCCCACAAAAAAAACCAUAUCAAUACAUUCCAGACCUUUCCGUUUGCGUUCACUCAACCCAGCCUUUUAUGAAACACUGCCGUGGCUGAGGAACGCUGGAUUGUACUCUAGUUCUGAAUGUUUUGUAACCUGAAUUUUUGUGUAAGAAAUUAAUAUCGCUUCCAGUGAAAACUGGCGUAGUUGAAACUGCCAUGAGGUCCAUCAAAUUUUGGAAUAGCAACAGAAGAAAAAUACAAGCAUAUCCUCUUUGUCAAUUCAAUUUUGGCUGGCUAGGUCAUUAAUACAAACCAGAUAGAUCUUUGUUUUUUGUAUUAAGGCUUUUGCGGUGAUAUUUGUGCUGAAUGUACCAAAGGUUUAGGGCUGCUGUAGACUGUCCCAACCCCACUUCUGUCCAUGUUUUAUUAGAAAUUUUAUUAAAACAAAUAUUAAAAGACAAAUCUUUUUAAACACCCAAUUUCUUCCUCCUAAUUUGACUUUUUAGAGUAGUUUUUUUCACAAUGCUGUUUUACAACUAAAUAUAAAGGAGCUAUAAAAUGUGUCCUCAAUUAUGCUUUUUGUUGUUGUUUGAAGAUGAAAAUGCAUUGCUGAUGUGGAUGCAGUAUGUCUAACAUGUAUCAACAUUUAUCAUCAGGUGAUGUAAUGGAAUAGUUCAGCCAAAAAUGUAAUUUCUGUCCUUUAUUCACCCUCAUGUCUUUCCAAAGCUGUAUGACUUAGAAAAGUUAUUUCUCAGAAUGUCCAGGCUGCUAUUCUCCAUACAGUGAAUGUUAAUGAAGCCUGGGAAUGUAAAAAGCACCAUCAAAUCCAGCGUUCCUUGGAAGAAAGAACAUCAUGUGGAUUAAGACUUGAGGGUGAGUAAACAAUGUCAGACUUUCCAUUUUUCGGCAAACUGUUCCUUUAAGGGUGUGUUCACACUUGUUAUCCAGUUCUCUUGGUUUGUUUUGGUCCGAAUCAAAAAAACAAAAAAAUUAUACAUUUAGUCCUGGUUCGCUUAGCGUUCACACUGUCAUUUUAACACUACACCGGAUGUUGUCGCUUGCAUCACAACAGCUAAAAGCUGUCUACACUGUAUGCGACCAAAGACUAUAGAAUAACACUAGACGCAUCACUCGUAUCGUUUUGAAUGGGAGAAAGUGCAACAUGCAAUAUGGCAAAAUAAGUCCCGCCUUCUAAAUAAGAGCCAAUCGCCGAUUGGUAAAGUCAUCGCGUCACUGCAGCGGCUAUUAGAACUUUGGUUCCUAUAGAAACAGUCAGAUGCGCUUAGGACUGCACAUGUGCAUUAGCUUGAUCCAGCCUGAAAAAUACAGGUUUUUUUGUCAUGAUUCGAGCGUUUAGAAACAAAAUUUAUGAGACAGUUGUUGACAGAUUUCAUUGGUGAUUUCAAAUAUGAGAUUUAAUUGAAAGCUUGGCAAACAGCUUUGGAAAAUUUGAUGUUUCCCCAUUCAAAGAGAUAGGAGCUGCACUUGCAUUCCCCAGAGGCGUUUCAAAGAUGGUCGCCGAGUGAAAUGACUUGUUUUGACGUGGCAAAGCACCAUUUGUCCUUUGUGUUGGGCUAAAUGUGCUCGUUGUGUGUGUGUGUCAUAGUGGUAUUUUUUUUUUUAUCAGGAGAGGCUAGCAAUAAAAAACUAGCUUUGAAAGUAUAAGAUCCCACCCUCCCUUCAGAGCGUCUUCAAAGCCACUCCUCCUUCAAAACACACAGCAGAGUCUGUGUUAAAUUACCUCAUGUCUCAAAGCACAUAACAUUACAAUAAUAAUGAACGUCAACAACUUACAGAGCUCUUACUUGUACCAGCUGACUGCUGCAGAAUCAUUUCGGCGUUAAUAGUGUUGACAUAGAAACACAUAAAUCCGAGUCCGAGGACAUCGUCACGGGUUGCCAUCUUGUAAUUGCGGUUACGACACAUAUACAACGCAGCAUAAGCUUGUUGUUUUGGUUCAGGAGGAACGGUGAAAUGUGGCUGCUGUUUGUUUGUGGUGCUCGGUGACUGUCUGUCUACAACUCUGCAUAGCCUUACAUUUGUCGCAUUGCAUCGCGCCGCAACAGCUAAAAGCUGUCUACGCUGAACACGACAAACUGAACUUUUCAAAGCACUUGGACUACGUCAGAAAUAGAACGGGGAAUACGUUUACUGUCGGGAAUUUGCAUCGCGCUGCAUCCAGUGUAGACAGUCUCACUGAUUAUAAUGGGUUCUGUUGUCUUUUGACGUGUUGUGUCGCGCCGCUUACGCUGAUGACGUCUGCGCGAGCAGGUGCGCGGAGGAAUGUAAAUACAUGUUGACAGGCAGGUAGGAGAUCAUAUCAUUGCAUUAGGACCAAUUGAACAGACAUUUUUUGGUCCUGAGAAAUCCACAGAAGAUAUGUAUUUAAUAUUUAGAAUACUUCUAUUAUUGAUUGCUGGAUGUGAAGAGAGUUUUAACCAGUUUAACAAAAAGUGUUCCUUUGUUGAACACAAAGAUCUGCUGCAAGGAGACAUGGUUCUGACGCCUGUACUGAAGUGUAAUGGGCAACAUAUAGAUCAUAUGACGAGAAAAAAUAGGUAGAGUCGCAUGUAGGGUCGCAUGUCCGUGUUAUGUUUAUAUUUAGUCAAACUGCACCAAAAAGCUGGUCCGCUUGUUGGGUGCACACCAAGGUUCACACUUAUUCAAAUGAACUGCAUCAACAGAGCACCUCACCAGAAUUUUUUUUAAUCGAACCAAAUCUGCCAAGUGUGAACACACCCUAAAUGUACCCUGCCUUUCUAAAGACCAGAGGCUUCAGACUGAGAUCAGGCUCCAGCUUUCUGCUGGUGUUCAUUAAAAGAAAGCUGCUGCUUUUGACUUUAUGUACAACUUCAAUUUUGCACCGUUCACAUGCUCUGAAAUGGGUGACUGUUGACUGGAUAACAGCUUUCAGAGCUCCACAUGGGUUUUUCUCUUUUUUGUUUCAGCAAAGAUGAUUGUAUAAAGCUGUUUAUCUCACAGAAAA